CGCGCACCGCUGCCCGUCCUCUGGCGCUGCACGGAGCGCAGGCCGGCACGCAGGAGCGAGCUUCGCCCAGGGCUGCUGUUUAGAUGAGAGAUUGGUGAGUUACAGAGCACGAGCUCCUUCACGUGACCAGAACUGCACAGGGACUUGUUUGAAAUAAUGUGCAGAUCCAGGCUGUAGACAGAAGGAAAAUCUAUAAACCUGCUGGUAGCAAUGGAAACUAAGAAUUAAACUCUAGGUCCUCAGUAGCUUCUGGAUGGUUAUACUUGGGACAAUAACGCCAGUAGAGAGGGUAAUGCUGCAGGUGAGGUUAACUAAAGGAAGGAGGCAGUGUGUGUUGAGAAAUAAAUGGAGAAGACAGAAAAACUGGAAGAAAAACUGAAGAAGGGUGGCUGAGAUACGGGAAGAGGUUAGCGACCAGACAGCUUUCCAGAACAAGCCUUUGUUUGAGCACUGAGAGCUGAAAAACAAUGGCUUCCUUCAGCAACCUGACUAUUGGUAUCGCUCUUGCCAGUUUUACCAUAUUCCAGCUCCUGUUCCAUGUUUUAAGCUCUUGGGUAUCCGCGCGGAUAACACCUGGUUUUAGCAAUCUCAGCCAAAAAAGGAAGAUUGAAUGGAAUUCAAGGACAGUGUCCACAUUCCAUGCCUUGGUGGUUGGUGGAUUUUGUCUGUAUAUUUUGUUGUACGAUGAAGCUGUUAAUGCUGACCAUCUCUGGGGUGACCCUUCAAUUGUGAAACUGAAUAUUGCUAUUACCACAGGCUACCUCAUUUCUGAUUUGUUGCUUAUUAUUUGCUACUGGAAGGCAAUUGGUGACAAAUUUUUUGUAAUACAUCACUUGGCAGCUCUGUAUGCUUAUUAUUUUGUACUGAGCAAAGGUCUGCUGGCUUAUUUUGGGAACUUCCGUCUGCUUGCAGAAUUCUCCACUCCUUUUGUCAAUCAGCGGUGGUUUUUUGAAGUACUGGGAUAUCCCAAAUCUUCAAAGGCUAACAUGAUCAAUGGUGUGCUGAUGACAGUUGUGUUCUUCGUGGUGAGGAUUGCCGUCAUGCCUAUGUAUUACAGCCGUGUAUUUUCUUCAUUUGGAACUGAGGGUUUCCAGAGAUUAGGAUUUGCAGCCCAGAGUGCCUGGAUUAUCUCAAGUGUUGUCUUGGAUGUUAUGAACUUGAUGUGGAUGGUCAAAAUUACGAAAGGUUGCUACAAAGUUAUUUGUCUUGUUGGACAGGAGGAAGCCAAAACUCAUAAAAAUGGAAAAUCUGACUAGAGAUCAUACUCAUAAACAGAAAUUUCUGCUAUGAAAAUUAUUUGGGUUCACUGAACCAGUGCACAUUUCUGCCAUGGAAUGCUCCUCUUAAGGAAACAAGGUAUUACCUCUGUACUGACCUUACUCUUUCCCUAGCCACACUGCCUGCGCACCCAGGGCCACGCUUUAAGGAUCUUCUCCAAUGAGGAAUAGAAGCAAACGUUCACAGAAAUGAAUGCUACAUGUUCUGAGCACUUAACAAACUACUGAAAUGAGGAAGGAGCAGACUGGUUACUUGGCUGUUGUCCACCAGUGUGUCUGAAGUGUUUCACUCAGGUUUCUCAGAUUAAUGUGUUUUAUAAAUCUAGUGAAUAUUGAUAUCUCUCUUUUAUAAAAACAUAAACAAAGCUCCCCAAACUCAUGAUAUGGUGCAAUUUUCCUGGCAAGUUUCUAUAUUUUCUUCUAGGAAUAACAAUCAAGAUUUCAUUCUUGAGAACUUUUUAAUUUUUGCAAGAGAUGCUAAAAGUCUAGCUCUGAUUCUGUGAAGUCUUUUACUGCUUUUUGUUCUGCCUUGUAGGAGUGCAAACCAUUUGGGGAAAUUUAUGAAAUAAUUUUAUCUAAAAUGCUGUAUUAUAAGACCAUACGAGAUAUCUUAAGAGUGGUUAAAAUUCUCUGAUUUUUAUAGGAAGGAUUCAUUUCUGCUUUUUUAGAUUGCAUGCAAGAGCACAUCUACUAAAUCAGCCGUGGAAAUGAGUUCAUAAGUUAGUAUGGUAAAUUAUGUUUGGGAACAGCAUAAUUCUUACUGUAGUGCUUUUUUCCUUUGCUGCUACUGCCUUUGAGAAGUAUUGCAACUCUGCUCAGAGUUAACCAUUGACUUUUGGGAUAUGAAGCUUACUUAGAAAACGAUAAAAUCAUUCUGUGUAUGUGCCAUGGAACUUACAAUGAGCCUUUUUUUUUUUUUUUUUAAUCACACAAGUGACCCAUUAGAUAUGAUUGCUGAUUUUUAUUGUCAUGUUUUCCUUGUUAAUCACAUCUGAGCUGUUGACUAAAGAACACUUUUGAAUUAACAGUGCCAAACUUCUUUCAACCUGUGACAUACAGUGACAGCUCACAUCUGUAGGCACAACAUUUUAUUUUCAUAACUACAUAUUUGUCAAUAGGCACUCUGUUCCUCCUUCUGCAGACUUAAAACUUGGAGGACAUUGGAGAGAAAUCUUAGUGUCUAGGAGGAAUGCUCUCAAUCCGAAUUGUACUAUAAUUUGAGGAAUUUUAUUUUUUUAUGAUUUUGAGAGCGGUAUUUGUGUAUAGUUUUGGUUCUGUUUUGCUUACUUUUAAUCAUAUCUGAAUUGAGGUUGAUUAACUUCUGUUUGUUUCUUGAUUUUUUUUUUUUUAAUUAUUAUUUUUUGGACAUUGUGUUGUUAGUUAUACCUUCUAACAAAGUGUGCUAAAUGUACACAUUUUCACUUGGUACUUCAGUACACAUACCAAGUAUUGUAGCAGACUGUGUGUAAGAAAUUUAUUUUUAAACAAAGAGAUAAAUAUUUCUGGGAUAUUUUGUUUUCCUUUUUUCCUGUUCCCCUUAACAAAGCUGUGUGGAAUCAGCCCUCACCUCUGCAGACCGCAGUGUCAGUGCACCAACACUACGAUGCUUUUGGGCGACAAACAGGGUUUGUUUCCCAGGAAUCAGAUGUCAGGGAGCCCCAGAGAGAACCCCAUGGACUUAUAGCCAAGGCAGCUGUGUUGAGUUCCCAGUUCCAGGGAUGUCAGAGAGUAUUGUUUGAUAUGCACAAUACUGGCUUUUAUCCGCUUGGUUUCACUGGGCAGACGUUUUCCAGUACUGUUUCCAAUCCUGCCCUCUUGAGGGAGAUGUCUAAGAUUGCUUGUUCAGUUCUACAAUCACCUUCAAAUGAAGUAAAUUCAAACGUCUUGGAGAAUAUGCUUGAAAGUAGAAGUAUCCUUGUAUUUUAUUCAGGAAGUAGGAUGAAAAACUGGUAAGGAAGAUGAGUUGAAGCAGCUUUUAAGAUGAAAGCUUCUCAAAGUUCAUCUCAACUUCACAUUAAUCUUUGACAUCUCAGUAUCAUUUUGUUCUGCUUUAUUUUCAGUGUAGAGCAUUCGCUAAAAGUCAGUUUGCUUUACUUCUAGAUAGAUUUGUGCAUCACAGGGGGGAAGUCAAGCUGUAAUAAGGUUGUUUUAUAAGUAGAUUGGAAACGGAAAAACAAGCCUGCAGAGUGCAUACUGGGCAACAACUCAAAAUAGAAGGGCACUGAGGUAAUUCUUUAGAAGAUGCAAUGUUUUGGAUUGCUGCAUGAAAUUAACAUAAUUAAAACAACAUUUUACAAUGUGUUCAAUUUCAUUUUUGUAUCGUGAUAUUUCAGUGUAUUACUGUUCAGUUCUGAUGCAUCUACUACGUGUGAGAAGGCAACUGUCUAAGGAAAAAGCAUUAUUAACACUUGUCUAUUUAGCGAUAACUGUAGUCAGCAGUUUGCAAAAUUAUAUUGUAUUGAAUACAUUAGGAUAGAGCACUCUUACCUGCCACUACAAGUUUAUAACACAGCAAAUUAGAUGGCCUUGGCACCUAUUUUUUCAAUUACACCUUCUUAAUUUAAAAAUGAUGUUGAAAUAUUGACAUCAUUUUACGUUUCAAGCUUGUCUCUUUGCUUUUUUUUAUGCAAGAAGUGCAUGAUUAGUAGGAUUUUCAUAAAUGUUGUCUCCAGAAUGUAAUAUUACUUUAAUAGUGACUUAAAACUUCUAUUUUGACACUUGCAUUGUAGAGCAGACAGUUGGUAUAUCGCCAGGUGACUUUACCGUGGACGUAUUGAAUGGAUGGAAUUAGCUCAGUAAAAAUGCUCAAAAAUCACAUUUUAUUUUUUAUAUUCUUCAGUACUGCAUUACAUAAAAUUAGUGUGGUGAUCAUGAGAGCGUCUGUAUGUGCUGUAUUUAAGUAUGCCAGUUUCUCUAUGGUUUUACUUUGUCAUCAGAGAUGAAUAAAUACCGCUCUCAGAGCUACUAUAGGGGAAUGGUAGGUCAAGUUUUGCUUUUAUAAUUGAUUUGUGGAAGCAGUGCUUGCAGAGGGGAAAAGUACUUCAAAUCCUCGUUUUCUUGGUGAGCGUUCCAGCAGAUUUCAGUGAAGACAAGAGCCUUAUUGCUACAGAGAUGUUUAAUGGGUAUCUGUACACAUAGUGAUACAAAUUUUAUCUCUGAAACCUACUCUACCUCUAUAAGUAAAUGCUCUUUUGGGUGAGCUCAGCACUUUCUUAAUUGCUUAAAAAUAGAAUCUACUGAAUAAUGAAAGUUAUUCUAUGAGCAGGAUAAAUGAGAGGAGCUGAUUGAUGUAUAUAAAUUCUUAUCAAUUCCAAAUUUUAUGUCAAAGUUUAUUAAAAAUAAAUUAAUUACAAUUUUUGGAAGAUAAUUGCUUUCAUCUUUACAUUAAAAAUUAUGCUGAAGCAUUAUUCAUACUGAAAAAUUAAUGUUAAUCUCUGAGUAAAAGCUUACACAAGUGAGCAGAUACGUUCAAGCAUAUUUAAAGAAGGGAGGUGGAGGAGAUGCUGAGUACAACUGCUGCUGUGGCUGGGACAAUGGUACAAUGACAAGCAGCAGAAAGAUUAUGUAUUCCUGUAUCUCUGUAAUGGUACAAAGUGAAACUAAAAUUUCUUUUCAAGCUGUAUAAAAAGGCUUCUAAGUUGUUGAUUUCUGUAUGAAGACGACUUGUGUGUGUUCAAGUAUAUGUACAUACAAGCUUUCUGUGAAAGGUCUUUUAGUAGAAAAGUUUGUGAAAUUGUUUUGUAAAGCUUCUGCUGAGCCAUUCAGGGGAAAAUAAAGGGCUGACUCAAAAUUACUCCAGCUGAAGGUCUAUUACAGUGUUCAGCAAUGGGGAAAGCCAUGUAGAGAGGAACUAGAAUUUUCAGAUGAGCAAUACAAAUGUAGAAGGCUGUGAGAAGUAUGUGUAGCCCUCUUUCCCAUUUAAUAAUAGCCUUCCAUAGAACUUCAUUAACCAGUUGCAAGGAACUUAACAAGGCAGGACUUGUUCCUGGUAAAGUGUCUCUACCCAUGGAAUGCAUUUGACAGCUGGAGAAAGAACAGUACUUUGCUGCUGAGGUCCUGGCACCAGUCAAAUGGAAAAAAAAUUAUUAAUAUUUACUAACUUUAACAUUCAUCCAAACCCUGGGUGAAAUCUCUUUGCUGGACAGGUGAAGGUCAUAUGAUUUUCUGAAAGCAACUUGAAAAGUCUUUUUAUGGAGGAAAGAAAGAAAGAUGUGCUGCUUGGGAUGUUUAGAACUCUGGGAUUAAGCAUCAGAUCAAUACUUUUAGGUGACAACACUUAUGAUUUCUUAUCCAUUUAAAAUCUCUACUAGCUACCUCCUUUGGCAUUCUUGCUCUAUUUAUAAUAACCAAGCACUUUAUAGCUCAGUAAAGAAUGGAAGGUAGCUAUGAAGAAUAACUUGUAUUGUUUGGUAUAAGAAAUAUUUUGUCAAAAUUCCUUCUGAGAUCAGCUUCAUGAUGGGGUGUCCUAAGAGGGCAUCUGAUAGCAAUGUACAUAAAUUUUUAAUCUACUUGUAAUAUAAAGGAAAUGUCUUUAAGAGAGUGGUUUAUGAGGAGUUCAGCAUGCCUCGGUAUCAACCAUAUAAUGAUGCAGUGUGCUAUUUAUAACUUUUUAGUCAUUGAAAUUGAAAAUAUAAAAACAAAUAAAAUAUUCUGUAGUGUAUCUUUAUUUUUAGUCUGUGUGUGGGAUGUCAAAAACUGUACUUGUCUUGUGGAUGGCACAUGCCUUUAUGAGCCUAUAAAUAUUUAAGUAUAUAAGAAAAUGCACCCGAGUGGAACAUGUUGCAUGGAAAUUGUCUUCUAAGUUUAAAUAUUUUGUUAUUGAAAAAAUUCUGAUUGUUUAAAUGCAACAUUUAAAUAUCAACAGUAAGCUCCAAUACAGAGCAUAACACUUUGAAUGCAGUACAGGAGAUGUUGGUUUUGUUCAUUGUAACACUAUUCAAGUUUGACAAGAGAAAUCCAUUAUAUUAUAGGGAAAGGGGGGAAAAGGGCUAAUCCUGAGCUCUGGUAUAAUUUGCACACUUAAUACACUUACAUGCAAAUAUCCUGGAUUUGUUUCUAGCAUGCAUAAUCCAGUGUUUAAUGUCUACAGAUACCUAUAUGGGGAGAAUGAUUUAACAUGUAAGCACAGUUAGACUGAUGCAAAAGCAAAUUACAAUCUGUUGGGAACAAGUGAGUUAUGAUUUAGGCAUAAGUAAUAGUAAUUUAAAAAUGUUCAUGUAAUCUUCGAGAGAGACUCAACAAAUAUGGUAUACCUCUGCUCUGAUACAGAGCAAGGGUGAAAACUGGACGUUCUUCCAGGCUGAUUUCUGGAAAACCAUGACAAUCUGGUCUGCAGAGAAAAGAUUGAUACUGUCACGGAAUGUUAGGAUCAUAUUAUUAAAUUCAAAUAGUAAUGUGGCCUGAUUGUAGUAGCAAUCCUUAUCACUGCACAAGAACUUAAGAAUGCAAUAUAACAAUUCUGAAGAUUGGAUACAACAGUGAACAGGUGAAGUAAGGUGAAUGGUUAAAUACAAUGCAUUUAGAUUUUCCUUUUGCUAUAAAAUUCUGAAUUGUGUUUGCAUUUCAGUAUACUGUAGAGCAUUUUUGUAUUUGGUUUGCACAGUCUAGGAGCUUGCAUUAUAUUGGCUGAUUUUUUUUCUUUGGUAUAUGCAAUAAUGUCAAUGAGCAAUAAAUUGCAUGAUGUAUGCAAGGUAUUGUUACUUCAUAAUAAAAAGAACAGAGUUGCUUA